CACGUGUGACACGUCUUGUUUAUGUGAAAACAAAAUAAAAAGUCACAACUAGGUUUGUGUUCAUUUUCAAUUGACAUUUUAGCUGUGCGUGUUCAUAAUGUCGCAUUUACCUAGAGUUAACCUAGACGAACCUAGGUGGGAUCAGAAUACCUAUAUAGGAAGAGCAAAAUAUUUUUUUACGACAGUUAACCCUUUAAAUGUAUUUGCGUCGUCAAAAACUUUAGAAAAUUCAAAAAAUAUUGUUUUGAAAUACAAGGCUGGUGAAGAGCUGCCAAAGUCAAUAACGAUGGCUGAUGUUUAUCGAGCCAAAGACCUCUAUGAUUCUGCAUUCCACCCAGAAACUGGAGAAAAAAUGAUUCUGAUUGGUCGCAUGUCAGCUCAGGUGCCCAUGAAUAUGAUCAUUACCGGCUGUAUGAUGACUUUCUACAAGUCGACUCCUGCUGUGGUGUUUUGGCAGUGGGUCAACCAGUCCUUUAAUGCUGUGGUUAACUACACUAACAGAAGCGGCUCCUCAUCUAUACCCGUUGAUCAAUUGGCAAAGUCUUAUGUUCUGGCAACUGGAGGAGCUCUGGUUACGGCGAUCAGUCUCAACAGGAUGGUUACGAAAGCUCCAUCCCUGAUAGGCAGGCUGGUCCCCUUUGCUGCUGUUGCAGCUGCCAACUGCAUCAAUAUUCCUAUGAUGAGGAUGAAAGAACUAAAAGAAGGAGUAACUGUUUUUGAUGAAAAUAACAACAAGCUAGGAGAGUCAAAGAUAGCAGCCCAGACAGGCAUAGCAGCCGUGGUGUUCAGUCGCAUACUCAUGGCCACUCCUAGCAUGGUUAUGACGCCAGUUGUGGGGAACAUGCUGGAUCGCAAGGGGGUAUUCCGACGCUAUCCCUGGAGUCCUGCCCCCAUACAGAUGUUACUGUGUGGCUUCUUUCUUACAUUCGCCACUCCAAUGGCAUGUGCGCUCUUCUCUCAAAGAGCUCAAAUUAGUGUCAGUAGGCUUGAGGACACAAUAAAGAAAGAGGCAGAAGAGCUGAAACCUCCUCCAACUGUAGUUUACUUUAAACAAAGGCCUCUAAAUACAAUUUGA